AUAGAUUCCAUGUCCACCGCAGGGGACAGAAACCAGACUACACCUUUACAUCUACUCUCACCUUAUUCAUCUACUCAACCAGCCAAAAGUCUAUGGACUGACGAACUUGAAGCUAGACUCUUGUCGGGUGAAUUGGAUCUAUUGGUACAUAGUCUUAAAGACGUCCCUACGGUUUUGAAAGAAGGUUGUGAGAUUGCUUGUAUUUUGGAAAGAGAAGAUCCUAGGGAUGCACUUGUGAUGCGUAUGGGAAGGACUGAGAAGGGGUUGGGAGAGUUGGAGAAGGGGAGUGUGGUAGGUACUGGAAGUGUGAGAAGGGUGGCUCAGCUCAAGAGAGCUUUUCCACAUUUGGAAUUUAAGGAUAUGAGAGGCAAUUUAAACACUCGAUUCCGUAAAUUAGACGACCCCUCUUCACCUUACUCCGCUCUCAUCCUCGCUUUAUCCGGAUUGACACGCCUCGGUCUUUCAUCCCGUACCACCUCCCAUCUCUCUUCUCCAGAACUCUAUCACGCCGUCGGACAAGGUGCUCUAGCCGUCGAAGUUCGAGUUGGGGAUACGAGAAUCCGUGAGGCUCUGAAAUCAGUAGGACAUUGGGAGACUGAAUGGCGAUGUGGAGCGGAAAGGGGUUUAUUGAGGGUUUUAGAAGGUGGUUGUUCGGUUCCUGUUGGUGUGGAGACUGUCUUGGAGGAGAUAAAAAUGCCUGAUGCUCCAUCUGGAAGCCAACAGCAACAGGAGCAACAGAAUGGAUCGGAGAAGAGGGUAAACGGGAAAGACAAAACGGAACAAUUGGAAACCUCUUCUCCCACACUUCACUUCUCAGGACUUUUACCUCCUUCAUCAUCUUACCCCCUUCCUGGAGAAAACGUCGAGAUUAGACCUCGUUUUGCGAUGUUGAAACUCACAGCAUGCGUCACAUCCCUCGAUGGAGAUCGUCAGGUCGUAAAGUCUAUCGAAAGAAAGGUUGGAUCGUAUCGUCAAGCGGAGAGAUUGGGUGAAGAAUUAGCUAGGGAAAUGAGGACUCACGGGGCAGGGGAGAUAUUGGAUGAGAUUAAUCAGCAGAGGAGGGAGAGGGAACAGAGGGAUUUGGAAGAAGCUUUGGCGAGGUCAAAA